AUGAUCAAGUGUGGCCUUACUAGGCUCAAGAGCGUUCGCGGUGCUUCUGUUCGAGGAUAUAGCGAUGCAGCGCGGAAGCAGGCACGGAAUGAUACGAAGUGGCACGAAGAACCGCGCCUGAACCCUGUGGGAAUACAGUACAUGUCGCACUCGCUCCACAAGCAGCUUUUUGGGGCCUCAGAGAGCAUGCGGCGGCGCAACCUAGACGAGGCGGCGCGUGGAAAGCUGGUGAAGUGGUCGAAGCUGUACCUGAAACUGCACGGUCUGCUUGGCUCGAAGACCAGCAUCUCGGAGCCUAUUAGUUUUGAGCUGCCGCAACUCCAGGGCACCACGCUGGAUGAGCAUUUCCAGCGGCUUGGGCACUUUGCAUCAGAUCCGUAUCUAUCUCUGUGCGAAAACAAGUCGACGGAGAUAUUGCCGCGGCCGCAGCGAUGGCUGCGGAAAGCAGGCUGGUAUCGUUACGCGCCCGGGCGCGAGCCUGAAGCGGUCGCAUCUCCACUUGAGGAUAUAUAUGUGUUUGAUGUGGAGUGUUUGUACAAGAUCUCGGAUUAUCCGACCCUGGCGGUUGCCCUUUCGGACAAGGCAUGGUACCUAUGGUGCUCCCCGUAUAUAUGCGGCGAGGAUAACUUUGUGCAUCUCAUACCGCUGAAUACAAUGACAAGGCCGCAGGUUAUCAUUGGGCAUAACGUGGGGUACGACAGAUCUAAAGUGUUGGAGGAAUACAAUCUGGCACCGUCCAAGGCAUUUUUCAUGGAUACCAUGUCUCUACACAUUUCCUCCUCUGGCAUGUGUUCGAGGCAGCGGCCUUUCUAUCUAAAGAAUCAGAAGACCAAGCAGCAGGAGAACGAUGGCGAUCUGGAUUAUGAACUGAAUGAAGACCUCGAGCUUGGCAACUGGUACAAUCUUUCGACCAUGAAUUCUCUUCGUGACGUUGCCAAGCUGCACUGCAACAUUAACCUUGAGAAGACACUGAGGGAUAGCUUUGAGGCGCUGGAUAAGCAGGAAGUUAUUGAUAAGUUUCAACAACUCGUUGACUACUGUUCAACAGAUGUCGAGACUACUAGCAAAGUAUUUGACAAGGUGUAUCCGCUUUUCCGCGAACAGUGCCCGCACCCAGUGUCCUUUGGGGCACUGCGAUUUCUCUCAAAUUGCAUACUCCCGGUACAACCCAAGAUGUGGAAGCAGUAUAUAGAUGGCGCGGAGACGCUCUACCAGAACGCGAGGCAAGCUAUUGAGGAGAAAAUCAUCACGAUCAUCGAAGAAAUUGUUAAGCUGAAGGACAAGCCAGAGGUAUAUGAAAAUGAUCCAUGGUAUAAGCAACUUGAUUGGACUAUUUCGCCUCUGAAGCUAACCAAAAAGGGCGUUCCUGCUAAGAGGCAAAAGAUGCCUGGAUAUCCCGCAUGGUACCGGUCGCUCUUUACAGGAACAGAUAAAAAACCAAACAUUACCAUACGAUCGCGGCUAAUUCCUCUCUUCUUCAAGCUCACCUGGGAGGGAUAUCCCGUUGUAUGGAACCAAGAGCACGGCUGGUGCUUUGAGGUUCCUGACGCAAAUGCCGGGACCUUUCUCAAAAAGAAUUACGCAAUAGCCAAUAGCCCUGAUUUCGACCGGAAUGUGGGUUACACUGCGUUCCGUAUUCCGCACCCUAGCAGCGCCGAACAGAGAACGACCACACUGUUUUCCAAGCCAUACAUGCACUUUAUGGAUAAGAAUGUCCUUCAGUCAGAAUACAGUCUUGCUCGUGAAGCGCUCAAGAUCAAUUCAUCUGGGUCAUAUUGGACCGCCGCAAGGGAAAGAAUUAAGACGCAGCAUGUGGUCUCCAAAGAGGAUUUCCCUGACCAAUUUGCUAUGGUUGAUGGUACUCCCUCCCGCGAUGAUCAGGUUGGGGCCAUUAUUCCAAAAAUCAUUCCUAUGGGCACAGUCACUCGCCGAGCAGUAGAAAAUACCUGGCUUACUGCCUCCAACGCCAAGGCCAACCGUAUUGGGUCCGAGCUAAAGACAAAGAUUGUAGCGCCUGAGGGCUAUAGCUUUGUGGGCGCAGAUGUGGAUAGCGAGGAGCUUUGGAUAGCAUCGCUUAUCGGUGACUCUGUUUUCAACAUUCACGGGGGUACCGCUAUUGGCUAUAUGUGCCUAGAGGGGACGAAAGAUGCAGGAACAGAUAUGCAUACAAAGACAGCUAGUAUACUGGGAUGCUCACGCAAUGAAGCUAAGAUAUUCAACUACGGCCGCAUCUACGGCGCCGGAGUCCGGUUCGCCGCGCAACUGCUCAAGCAGUUCAAUCCAACUCUCAGCGAAGAACAGACUCGCGCGACAGCGGAGCGCCUGUAUGAAGCCACCAAGGGCAAGACCUAUCACUCCAAGAUAUUCAAGAAGUUCUGGUUCGGAGGCUCAGAGUCCAUAUUAUUCAACAAGCUGGAACACAUCGCCGAGCAGGACCAGCCGCGCACGCCUGUUCUCGGGGCAGGAAUAACCGUAUCACUUCUUAAGCGCAAUCUCGGCAAGGAUACAUUCCUGCCCUCCCGCAUUAACUGGGCCAUCCAGUCGUCGGGUGUCGACUAUCUGCACCUUCUGUUCUGCUCCAUGCAUUACCUCAUCGAGAAAUACCGGCUGCGCGCGAGAGUAUGCAUCUCGAUCCACGACGAACUGCGCUACCUCGUGGCAAACGAAGACCGCUAUCGUGUUGCACUCGCGCUGCAGGUUGCCAACCUGUGGACGCGCGCCAUAUUCUGCGAACAGAUCGGCAUCGACGACCUGCCCCAGAACUGCGCCUUCUUCUCGGCAGUCGACAUCGACCAUGUGCUUAGGAAGGAGGUCGACAUGGACUGUGUGACACCGUCAAACCAGACCCCCGUACCUCACGGAGAGAGAGUCACCAUCACCGACCUGCUCGCCCGCCCCGACGCCGCCCUAAACAACCCGAACCCAGCCGUCAAUGUCGCGGACUACCCGGUUGUCCAGCGCCAGCCCGUGCUGGCCUAUUACAACAGCACCUACGACGCGGCGUUUCUUAAUUUCUUCCUCGACAUGCAGAUCCAGGACUCCAAAGCAUCCGUCGCCGACAUUGAGAAGCACUACCGCGAAUUCCUUCUCCGGGACGCCUUCUCCGCCGACCGCGCAGAGACAGUCACCAUGGCAGACUACCUCGCCGCAAACGGCGGCGGCAAGCUCAGCAUCAACGCCAUAGAUACCACCACGCUCGCACCCCCGCAGCCCCAGCAGCGGAAGCCCGCGUCGCGCCGAAAGCCCCGCGUCAUCAACCGCAGCCACCGCAUCGCCAUCGGCGGGCCCGCCGCCUUCGACGCCUUUCACGCCAGCGUCGACUUAGCCGAGGAGGACGCAGAUCUGCGCGCAGCCGCCAUCACACGCAACUAUUUAAGAGACCGUCCGCACCUAUAG